UUAUCCUCGCUGAGUUAUCUAACAGGGAUGCUUGGAUACUUUCCAUUUCCUGUUAUCCCCGCUAUUGUAGAACCGGCAGUUUCGAUUUAGAAAGACGGUCAUGCUAGAUCUUUUAUGAAACUUUAAUGAAUACUCUAAAUUUUAUACGUCAAGACUUCUGCAGGAAGGAAAGAAGCUUACGUGACACUUUUUAUGAUGAUAUCUACAAGGAUUCAUCGAAGAAUGAUUUUAUCAAGGUGAUUCCUGAUGAAUUGAUAUUCACAUUUGAUACAUUGUAUCCUCAAAAACAGCAGAAAUAUUUGAAAAUAUUGAACAUUGGACUUAAACCAUAUCCUGUGCAAGUCUUACCACCGGAUACUUCUUAUUUUAAAGUUUCCAACAGUAGUACGGUAUGGAUAUCUCCAGGUUUGUCACUAAAUCUCAGAGUUAUCUUCUAUCCUAAAGAUGUUAGAGAAUACAAUGAUGUUCUGAGACUUCGAUGUCUUUACAAUCAAAAUUUGUUUAUUAAAAUAUUAGCCAAACCUGAAACGUUAUUGAACUUUCCUACUAGAGUAAAUUUUGGAAAGGUUCUAUUAGGGACUGUAGUAUCUUAUAAAUUGCCAAUACAUUCAUUCCCAAGUAAAAAGUUCUCUUUUGCCAUUCUAAUACUUAGUGAUGAACCUAGUGUCACUGUAAAUCCAUUACAAGGGCAUUUGUGUCCUGGACAGGAUCCUGUGAUAGUUCAGAUCAAUUACAAAGCCUUGAGAUACGUAACAAUCACAUUUGAUCUUCAAAUUUAUAUACCAGAAAUAUGCAAGUCACCUUUUGUUAUAAAUUUCAUAGCAUAUACAUGGCCCGAGUUACAAGUAAAGGACACACAUAAACCUGUUGAAGAAUUCACAAAGAUUGAAGUUGUCAAAGAAUCUGACUAUACAGAAAAAACAAUAAGAAAGGCCAAAAUUUUAUCCCCAAAAGUAGAGUUCUCAAUGAAAAAAGAACUAAGCUACGAAGAUCUUUUAUUGAAGCAAUUGGGUCAAAUACCUUUGUACAGUUUACAUGGUGUAAAUUGUAUAUUGAAUUAUAAUCUUAUUCAAACGCAUACCGUAGAUGAACUAAGAGGUCCUCUUAAUGAUUACUUUUACAAUGAUGCAAGAGAAAGAGAUAAACGUAUAGAAGAAUUUUUUAAUAGAGUCAAAUCCUGCAAUCAUGAAAAUGAUUCAGCAAAAUUUUAUCAUAGACCAAAAUUGGGUUUUCAAUUGGAUCAACUACAGAAGGAAGAGAUUGAUAGAAUAAUGAUAGAACGUCAAGAACAUUGGUCAAGGUACAGAGAUGCUACAAUAACUACAGCAGAUGAGGAAUUAUUGACGAGACAGGAAGCAAUGAAAAUUAAACAGAGAACAUUAAGAAGUUCAUUGGAUAAUCCCAACUUCAUAGCUCCGUAUAAAAUCACUGAUGACUGGUUUCUGCGUUAUCACAUUAUUUCACAGUUUAUUGAAGCUGCAAGAACCAUAGUCUUAAAAAAUCGAUUAGAAAAAGUUCUUUGCAAAUUGAAAAAGUUAAAUCCCAAAGUUAUCAGUGAAAUUGAGAUAUUCGUUGAUAACAAACAACAAGAGUAUCAACAAAAUGAAAAAUAUAAAAGUCGAGAAAGGCUUAGAGAAGUCGAAAAAUAAAUAAUGAACAUUUAAAAAACCAUUUGAGUUGGGAUUUUUUAAA